AUGAUGAUUCUGUGGUUCUUCCAGGAACCUGACCUGUCCCUGUAUCCUUCUUUCCCUGCAGGUAUUGAGAACCUGCCAUUUGAAUUGCAGAGGAACUUUCAGCUCAUGCGAGACCUGGAUCAGAGGACAGAAGACCUCAAGUCGGAGAUAGAUAAGUUGGCCACGGAGUAUAUCAGCAAUGCACGGACUUUGUCUUCAGAAGAGAAACUGGGGCUUCUCAAGCAAAUCCAGGAGGCCUAUGGGAAAUGCAAGGAGUUUGGGGACGACAAGGUUCAGCUGGCUAUGCAGACCUACGAGAUGGUUGAUAAGCACAUCCGGCGGCUGGACACCGACCUCGCUCGCUUCGAAGCAGACCUGAAGGAGAAGCAGAUAGAGUCCAGUGACUAUGACAGUUCUUCCAGCAAGGGCAAGAAGAAGGGCCGAGCCCAAAAAGAGAAGAAAGCUGCCCGUGCUCGCUCUAAAGGGAAGAACUCUGAUGAGGAGGCACCCAAAACUGCCCAGAAGAAACUGAAGCUUGUCCGCACUAGCACAGAGUAUGGGAUGCCUUCAGUCACCUUUGGAAAUGUGCACCCCUCAGAUGUAUUGGAUAUGCCAGUGGACCCCAAUGAGCCUACCUACUGCCUCUGCCACCAGGUCUCCUAUGGGGAGAUGAUUGGCUGUGACAAUCCAGAUUGUUCCAUUGAAUGGUUUCAUUUUGCCUGUGUGGGUCUGACAACAAAGCCAAGAGGAAAGUGGUUCUGCCCUCGCUGUUCCCAGGAGAGGAAGAAGAAGUAAAAUCAUGUGAGCCCUCAGUACAGCUGCAGGAGCUCUCUUCCCCCUGCCAGGGCCUCGUCCCAGCUCCCCCAGCCCCUGGGGCCUUGGCUGGGGGGAGCUUUGCCCUGUUUGUGGUUUGGGCCAUCCCUGGAAUGGUGUGUACCCUCACGGUGGUUCCUGUGUGUUCUGUAUCCCUGGUUGCUUCCGAAUCCCUGAGGGAGGCCCUCUCGGUGUACCAUUCCAAACAGGUGUCUGAACCUCAAAGGGAAUGAAUGAGGGCACCAGGGUAGCCACCAGAUUCCCAGGGAUUCAGGUAGCCCCUGAUUUUCCUUGGCUUUCCUUCAGCCUCCUCAGAGUUCCUUGUCUACUCUUUGCUUAAAGAACAAGGCUAUGGGAUGGGGGAAGGAAAGGAGGUAAGUCUUCAGCAUUCUAGGUCUUUGAAGAGGGAGCAACCAGGCCACUUCUUAAUCUCGUGGGCUGGUUGAGAGGCUGAAAACCUAAUGUACUCCCUAUCUUUAACCAUUCCACUACUGGCAUUGAGCAGCCUCUUUAGUUGGGAAGAGGAGAAGGGAGUGUUUAGAGCUAGUUUUGUCUCUCUUAUUCCUGGGGUAAAGCUGCUGGUCUGAGAAGCACCUCGUGCGAAGGAGGAAGAAUUUCUGACCACGUGGGGAGAACUGGCAUGUUCUAGCCUGUCUUCCAGCUCCAAAAUUCUGCCUUCCUCUUGUGCAGUGAUGCUUCUCCAUUAUGUGGAUGAUGGGAAGUUUGGGGAUUCAGAUCCCGCUUGUAUGAUACAGAAUUAAAUACAAUUCAUGGAAACAAA